GUUUCUGUGCAGUGAGCCCGGUCUGGAAGCAAAAAUCGGUGCGAUUGUCUAAAGGGGUGUAGUGAUUGGGGGUUAAUACAGUCGUCAAGUGCAUAUGAGAAAAGUACCACGCCUCUAAUUUGCUUGAUGAGAAAUCACGCUUUGGAUCAAUUUCUCGCGGAUCCACAUAAGCACUGUCUGGUAGUGAUCUGAAGAGCUCUCUUGCUUACACAAUUCAGCUGAUCUCGUUUCGAAACAUUUUUCUUGACAUAAGCGGCAAGAAAGUAAUCAUCAAAUACAUGACUUUGUACUUAAUCUUCAGGUACCGCUAUUGUUUCUCUUUCAUGAGCAAAUCAUUACGAGAUACUACUUUACACCCUGCGAAAUUUGAGGAGAGGAUUUAACAGAUUGUAAGGCGUGACGCCAUUUUUGCAUUUCCCACCGGGGGACUCUUGUAGGAGAUAUCAUCAACACAGGACACCAAAAUGGCUGAGAUGAGAUUGAUUUUAGUGAUUUUCUGCUUUCUGGUGCCAUUGGUUGUUUCACAAGAUUGUACGCCAACUACUUGUGAAAAUGGAGGGACUUGUGUACCAAGACCAUCUGGGGGCGUUCCGAUGUGCUUAUGCACUUUUAGUUAUCACGGCGAAACCUGUGGUGAACUAUAUGAUCUAGGAGCAAACUGCGGUGAGGAUUUUUUCAACGAGACUAGAGGAGAUCUUCUCUCACCAGACCACCCGGAUCAGUAUCCAUCACGGCGAGCCUGUUAUUAUUUUGUCUACUUUCCUGGAGCCCAGAAGAUCCGCCUUGUUUACAACGUUAUAGAUAUCGAACCACAGAAGGACGAUAUUUACAUAGGAGGUGGCCCAACCGCUAGUAUCGACGAAGCGACAUCUUUGGCGUCUUACAAUGGCUUGUACGGCACCAUCGUUAAUCCUCUUCCUCCUCCUCUGGAUGUUUCAAAUGAUAUCGUGUGGAUUUCGUUCAUUACCGACAAAAAUGAUCCUAAUGGGCCUUUUGCUGGAUUCAAUAUCACCUUCAUGGUUGAUGGUAAUGAAUGUGUGCUUAACAGCAAUCCCUGUCCAGCUGGCUUUUCAUGUGUGGAUUUGGAUUUCGAUUAUGCUUGCCAAGAAAUCGACGAAUGUAUGAGUGAUCCCUGUAUAAAUGGUGGCUCUUGCACAGAUCUUGUUAACGCCUACAGUUGUAGUUGUCCUUCAAGCUACGCCGGUGACCGAUGUGAAAUACUGAUUAAUCCUUGUAUCAGCGGGCCUUGUGUUGCUGCCAAUACACGGAAUUGUGUUAACGACGUUACAUCAUACCAGUGCGUUUGUGUCCCUGGUUAUAACGGUGUCAUGUGUCAAAACGAAAUCAACGAAUGCACUUCCGAUCCAUGCAGGAAUGGUGGCACUUGCACUGAUCUCAUCAAUUCGUAUAGAUGUACAUGUGUUGCUGGAUACACCGGGCCGCUCUGUCGAACAGAUAUCAACGACUGUAGUCCCAAUCCGUGUGCCAACGGUGGGUUUUGUACGGAUAUGGUCAAUAGCUACACCUGCCAAUGUGCUGCCGGAUUUGAGGGAACAGACUGUACAACAAAUAUCAAUGAAUGCGUCUCAAACCCCUGUCAAAAUGGAGCAGUCUGUACGGAUUUAGUCAAUGGAUUUCAAUGUACCUGUCUCCCUGGAUAUACCGGAACCACGUGCGCUGAAAAUAUUGACGAGUGUGAGAGCUCACCUUGUCAAAAUGCGGGCACCUGUAUUGAUCGUGUAAACGGCUUCGAUUGUGACUGCCCGGCUGGAUUUGCAGGGGUCUUGUGCGGAAUAAAUAUCAACGAAUGCGAUCCGGAUCCUUGUGUUUUUGGACAGUGCACGGACCUUAUUAACAUGUACAUGUGUACAUGUGAUCCAGGGUAUACUGGUACUAACUGCAACAUUAAUAUCAACGAGUGCACGCCAGAUCCUUGCGUAAAUGGUGACUGCACAGAUUUAGUCAAUGGAUACACAUGUGCAUGCAACCCGGGUUAUACAGGACGUAAUUGUGAAUUAGAUAUCAACGAAUGUCAGUCGAGUCCAUGUGUAAAUGGCGGGUUUUGUGUGAACCAGGAGAACAUGUAUCAAUGUAACUGCUUAGAUGGUUUUGAUGGUGUCAACUGUGGGAAUAAUAUUGAUGAAUGUGCGAGUGGACCUUGCUUGAAUGGAGCCACCUGCGUGGAUCAAAUCAACGGGUACAUCUGUAAUUGCGCUACAGGAUUCCAGGGACUGACUUGCGGAGAGAAUGUUGACGACUGUCAGACCGAUAGUUGCAGCUUGCAAGGUGACUGUGUUGACCAGCUCAACGGAUUUACAUGUAACUGCUAUCCUGGUUGGACUGGAGGCUUCUGCAGAAUAUCCGUCGAUGAUUGUAACCCGCAGCCGUGCUUGAAUGGAGGGAAUUGUGUAGAUGGACAUCAAUCAUUCACAUGUAACUGCCAACCCGGCUACAGUGGAACCCUUUGUGAAAUAGAUAACAACGAGUGUGCCAGUACUCCGUGCCGAAACAACGGAGCUUGUACGGAUGCUAUCAACUCUUACACUUGUACCUGCCCAGCUGGUUGGACUGGCGUUAUUUGUCAAACCAAUAUCGACGAGUGUGGAUCCUCGCCUUGCAGGAAUGUGGGCAACUGUAUUGAUGAAGUUAACGGUUUCAGGUGCUCAUGCGCCGCAGGGUGGACUGGUGUAGUGUGUAACGAGGAUAUUGACGAAUGUUUGUCCAGUCCCUGCCUGAACGGUGCCACCUGCCGGAAUGAACAAAACAUGUUCACCUGUGUGUGCGCGGCUGGAUUCACAGGCAUUACUUGUGCUACAGAUAUCGACGAAUGUGUGAGUAGUCCAUGUGGUGCAAAUGGAAUAUGUAACAACGGGAAGAACCUCUACACCUGUACUUGUUUCCCCGGAUACACCGGCCUUACCUGUAACACUGAAAUCGAUCUUUGCCAGAACAACCCGUGCUCCAAUAUGGCAACGUGUAAUAACUUUAGGGUCUACUACACCUGCGAUUGUGCAGCCGGUUUCGAAGGACCCAACUGCAAUAUAGAUACUGAUGACUGCAUCGGGCAACCGUGUAAUAACGGCGGGGUGUGUUCGGAUCAGGUUAAUGACUAUAUGUGCACUUGCACAGCUGGCUGGACAGGCAGAAACUGUGAAAUAAAUAUCGACGAAUGUGCCAGUGGACCGUGCCUAAAUCAAGGCAUAUGCAGAGAUAAAGUCAAUGGAUAUGAAUGUAUCUGUACCAGUGCAUUUUCAGGCGUUAUCUGCGAAAUCCCUGUGGACCCAUGCUCCUCUUCCCCAUGCCAAAAUGGCGGAAACUGCAACGACUUCGACACUUACUUUACGUGUGAUUGUCUGCGAGGCUUUGCUGAUUUUGACUGCGGAAUAAAUAUCAAUGAGUGUGCUAGUGGUCCAUGCAGGAACGGCGCUCCUUGUGACGAUCUAAUAGCUGACUACCAGUGUAACUGCCUCCCCGGGUACAGAGGGAAAGACUGCGGAGAGAAUAUCAACGAAUGUUUGACCGCCCCCUGCCUGAAUGGAGGUCAAUGUAUAGAUGGAGUCAAUUCCUACGUAUGUCGCUGCCGUUCUGGCUUUACUGGUACUAACUGUGCCACAAAUAUUGAUGAAUGUGCCAGCAAUCCUUGUGAAAAUGGUGGUGUCUGCCGAGAUCAGAUCGAUAAAUAUGUCUGUGACUGCCCUGUGGAAUGGACAGGCCUUCGCUGUCGAAUAAGUGCGCGCCCCUGUGGAAGCUCACCCUGCCAGAAUGAAGGAACUUGCGUGGAUGGUGAAGCGGGCUUUAGCUGUAUCUGUGUGCAGGGAUGGACUGGAGACAUCUGUACCCUAGAUGUCAACGAAUGUCAAAGCUCACCGUGCCAGAAUGGUGGAACUUGCGUGAAUGAAGCGGAAGUUAACCAGUUCACGUGCAUCUGUACUUCCGCCUGGAUGGGCAACAAGUGUACUGAACCUGUCAACGAGUGUUUAAGCGGCCCGUGUCAAAACGGUGGAACUUGCUUUGAUCAGGUUGAUAGUUAUACAUGCGCCUGCCCACCAGCAUGGACUGGGACACAUUGUCAACAAGAGGUCCUGUUCUGUAUCAGCAACCCGUGUAAGAAUGGUGGCGCGUGCACCGAUGACACAAAUGGAUAUCUGUGUACAUGUUCUGGAGGAUACACAGGUGACCGGUGCGAACUUGAAAUUGACGAAUGUUUAACCACCGCAAACCCAUGCAACUCCAAUGGUGGCUGCCUUGAUAUGGUGAAUAGCUUCGUGUGCAUGUGCUACAGUGGGUGGACCGGGGAGCGUUGCCAAAUUGAUAUCGAUGAGUGUGAGAGUGACCCUUGUCAGAACGGUGGAGCAUGCAUAAACUUGGAGAAUUCCUUCCAAUGCGUUUGUGUCACUGGUUUUAUUGGUGUCUUCUGUGAGAUAAAUAAUGAUGACUGCGCACCAACCAAUCCCUGUCUGAAUGGAGGAGUCUGUACUGAUCUAAUAAAUGCCUUCACAUGCCAAUGUGCCGCUGGAUUUGAGGGCCCUACCUGUGCAACGAAUAUUAAUGACUGUAUCAGCCCCAACCCAUGCCAAAAUGGUGGAGUCUGUCAGGAUGGUGUUAAUGAUUUUACUUGUCUUUGCCUUAGUGGCUAUACCGGCAGACUAUGCGCCAUCGUCAUCGAUUUAUGUGAAACAAAUCCCUGUCUGAAUGGAGGUGUUUGUAAUUCAGAGAUCAAUGCUUUUUCAUGUACCUGCCAACCUGGAUACAGAGGAACACUGUGUGGUGAAGAUAUUGAUGAGUGUGCAAGCAACCCCUGUAGAAACGGAGGAAUAUGCACUGAUGGCGUUAACAUGUACAGUUGCUUCUGCACCACGGGUUGGACGGGACCACAGUGUGCCAUUGCCGGUCCUUGCAGCCGUAAUUUUACCCUGACCGCUAGCAAUCCGACAAUCGACAUCACCUCUACCAACUAUCCCGCCAAUUACCCUAACAACGAGGAAUGCAUUUGGUUCGUAAGCGGUCCCGACGGCAAACACAUCUACGUCGAGGUAAUCAACUUCAACACCGAGCUGCUCUAUGACCUCGUCACCAUCGGCAAUCUUCUGAACAUCAAUGACCUCGGGUCAGCAACCAUCUCUACAUCCGGGAACUUGGAGCAGACAGGCACCGAGAGGCCCCCUGCUUUCCUGUCGACAGGGGAGAUCGUCUGGGCACGGUUUGUCUCUGACGGUUCAAAGACAGAAGAUGGCUUCACCAUACGCUUUUCUACGCGAGACGACGCAGAUGUGACAGACGAGUGUCAAGCAAUGGAUGAAUGCAUCUGUCAGAACGGUGGUACUUGCAUCAAUUCAUUGGAAUUCUGCACGUGCCAGUGCACACGCUACUUUACCGGCACCAACUGUGAAACCGAAAUCGAAAUUAACCUUUGUGCCAGCAACCCCUGCCCAGCGGAAACCCAUUGUGAAAGUGGCGACGGUGCAUUCAUUUGUCUCUGCCCAUCCGAUUUCGAGGACGAAAGUUGCGUCAUUAAAGUUAUUGAUGAGGAAGAACCAUGUGAUUCCUCACCGUGCGCCAAUGGAGGGACAUGUUUGGAGUCAGGCUCAGGUUAUACAUGUGAAUGCACCCCUGAAUGGACUGGAGAUUAUUGUAACAUUGACGUUGAUGAAUGCAGUAGUUCCCCCUGUUUUAAUGGAGGUACCUGUGUCAACGGGUUUGGUGCAUUUGAAUGCAGGUGCUGUGAUUCGCUCUUUUCAGGAGAUCGAUGUGAGAUCGUAUUAGCCGACAGUGUCUGUGACGCUGAGCCGUGUUUUAAUGGCGGAGUAUGUAUACGCGAUGACCAAGACACAUCAGGCCAGUACAUAUGCCAAUGUAGGCCGGGCUACAUCGGAGCCAAUUGCGAGGAAGAUAUUGAUGAGUGCGCCAGCAACCCAUGUCUCAAUGGUUAUGCAUGUGAGGAUCUCGUGAAUGGCUUCGUCUGUAACUGUGAUGUUUCCAUGGGAAUAACAUGCCGUGGAAGUAAUUGUCUCCCUCUGCCAUGCCAGAACGGAGGAACAUGUAGGGAGGUACUCGUGCUCGGAGAUUUUGAGUGUCAAUGCCCCGAAGGAUGGACAGGAAAAACUUGCAGUCUUGUUGACGGAACUGUCUGUAGUGCCAAUGAAAUCAACAACUGCGAAAAUGGAGCAACAUGCAUCAAACAGAAUGGGAACACCCAAUGCGUCUGCGCACCUGAAUAUACCGGCAGGACUUGCACUGAAGCAAUUGUAACAGAGAUGUGUAGCGAUCGAACAUGUACUAAUGGACGAUGCAGCAACGGAGAAUGCAUUUGCGACGCUGGAUACGAGGGAAUGUACUGCGAAAGAGAUACCGAUGACUGCCUGAGCAACCCUUGUGAAAAUGGAGGUACAUGCUACGACCGCCUGAACUUUGUGAGAUGUGACUGUCAAAGCGGAUUCACUGGCGAUCUUUGUCGACAACAGUUUGUGACGAGCGCACCUCUAACUUCUGCUGGAGAGUUGGAGCAGCAAUGGAUAGUUGUUUUUGCCGUAGCAGGUACCUUAGCUUUCAUUCUUCUUGUUCUCCUCAUCAUCGGAUGUGUUUAUUUCUCCGGAAAGGACGAAAAAAAUUAAGACGAUCAUCACUUAUUUUACACUACCGUAAGCACAUAGGCUUUUAGACGCAAAAUCGGAGUAAGUUAAACAAUACCCUGUAACAUACAGCUUGUUAUCAAUAACAAAGCUUAAAUCAACCGUUUAAAUCUCCUGAGAUCAUUGCAUUAGAUUGACCGCGAGAAUAUGUAUUUUUUAAAUAAAACAGUAGAUAUUUUUUUUGUUUUAAUAUCAAUGACAAGAGGGCCCUGGUUUAUCGUAGAUUAAUGAUUUAUGGAACGCCUCUUGUCAUCUUCUUUAUUCUUUACAAUCACUGUAAUUUUGUAAUAAAACGAAUACACGAAAUUAAUUCUA